AUGAAUUUGGUAUUUGCUGAAAUAUUUAAAGAAAGUCCUAUUUUUGAAAGAAUAUCUGAAGAGGCAGUUCGGAUUGUUAGUUUUUUCCAUAAAUCUGGUUAUUUUAUGGGUAAUCUUCGAGAUGAGCAAAUAAGGAUUUAUAAAAAAUCAAUAAAAUUGGCUUUACCUAGUGACACUAGAUGGAAUUCAUAUUAUUUUUGUUUUAAUUCUGUAUUAAAGACUCAGGCAGCAUUAAAAUUCCUAGCAGCAAAAUUUAAUCCUGAUCGUGUAAAUGUCACUCGUACAAAUGGUAUUCCUAAUAUUCCAGUGGACAGAAGAACAACUAGAAAUAACAAACGUCGGCUACCUGAUGAUAUUGUAGAUAGUAUUAACGAUCCAGUAUUUUGGUCAAAGCUAUUUUCAUUACAAAAUCUAUUAUAUCCUUUGUGUUGUUUUCUCAAUCAAUUACAAAAGGAUGCUGCAAGACUUUAUGAAGUGGUCCAUUGCUUUGCAUAUACAUUACACAUUUUUUCUAUGCAUCAUGAUUUGGACUUUUCUGAAAAAAUGGUUUCUAGAAUUGAAAAGAGGUGGAAGGGUUGGGAGCAACCAAUUUUGUUGCUUUCCAUUAUUCUUCAUCCUUCUUAUAAAUUAUCAAAAUUUAGACCAACUAUAAACAAUUUAUCAUGGACACAUGUUGGUCAGUGGUUGAAGUAUUAUUAUCAUGCCUUUUGUGGAAAACCAGCAACUAGUAUUUUAGCAGAAUUGAUUGAUUAUAGAAGAGGGAAUGAUCCAUAUGAUUAUGAUUCUUUUUUGCAAUUUAAAGGAAAUGUUUUGAAUUUUUGGGAGUCAACAAUUGGAGUUGGGCCUGAAUUAGCAAAAGUGGCUAUUCAUAUUCAUGCUGUUUGUGUAAAUUCAGCCUCAGUAGAACGAUUAUGGUCCUCAAUGGGAUAUUUCAUACUAAUAGGAGAAACCGAUUAUCAGUAUCAUAAUAAAGUCCUGGCAAUGAGUCAGAUUCGUAGUGACAUUUUGUACCAACAGGAUUUAUUUGUAAAUGAAAACCAUGAAACAAAUGAUGAUGAUUUUUUGGAGAAUAACAAUGAAUCAGUGAAUUCUAAUUCUGAUGAAAAUGUGAAUCAAUGGAAUAUAAUUGUUGCUCAUUGGAGAGAUGAAGCAAGUCAAGAAAACCAAUUAGAAAAUCAUAGUGAUGAAAGUUUACUUGAAGAAGAUUUGGAUAAUGAUUUUUUGGUGGGAGUAAAUAAUAUUCAUCCAGCAGAUAAUGUCAACUUAAAAUGGGAAUUGUCAUCAUCUGUUGAAUCUUCUUCAACUGCAAGCCAUUUAUCUUUGGUUCUCAAAAUAUCACCCACAGUUGAUUUACUUAUUUCAAAUAAUUCAGCAAUUGUUUCAUGUGACUUGGAUGGAUUAUCACUAGAUCCAGAUGUUCCUUCAGCAUUCAUUUUAAUUAAAAUUUUAUUUUCUGUUCUUUUUAAACGAAGUUAA